GGGAAAUGGACACCAAACCACUGUCGACAUUUAGAGGAAAAGUGUGGCAAGUCGUGCCUUCGGUGUGCGCGAUGUUGAUGUGUUUGCCGUUUGGGAUUAUGUCGGGGUGGCCGUCGCCGAACUACCCUACUUUGACCAAACCAGUGGAAGAAGACGAUACGAUGACGGACCCCAUAGCGCUUAUCCGGUUCACGAUGGAGGAAUCUGCAAUGGUUGCUGGGUUUCUGCUGAUCGGUCAUACCGCUGCCACCCCUUUUUCCACCAUCAGAUGCCUCAGGGCCAAAUAUGGAAUCGUUCUAGGGGCCACUUUGAUGACGAUUGGUUGGAUCAUGAUGUGGCAAGCCAGAGACAUCUACUACUUACUCGGAAGCCGCUUUUUGGUAGGAGCGGGGAAUGGUUUUGGCACGGGUCAGUUGAAGUACUACAUUGGUGAGGUCUGUCAAGACUCCCUAUCGGUGUUCUUAACCAAACAAAUCAAUCUGUACGUUUUCGCUGGCUUAAUUUUGGCAUUCGCUUUCGGGCCCUUUGUAGAUUUCAGACAAUUCAGCAUUAUUUCCUUGGUUAUUUCGAUCCUGGUGUUGUUUGUAACGAUUUUUCUUCCAGUGCCACCGCAAGAGUUGGUGAAGAAGAACAAAAUUGACAAAGCUCGUAAACAGAUAUCGUUUUUGAGUCCGCAUCUAAACGUGGAUGACGAAUUAAGCAAGAUCGAGAAGAAACUUAUUAGCGAAGAUACAGAUCUCAGUUAUUGUGAUAUCUUGAAAAAUUCUAGUCUGCGUAAAAAUUUGCUACUUUUUGCUGGAACAAUAUUCUUCCAGCAGCUCUCCGGAGCUCCCGCUAACUUGGUUUAUACGCAAAUGAUUUUUGCCAGUUGUGGGUGUCCCCAUCCUGAAUUAUGCGCUCUAGUCUACAUACUUGCGUUUUUUGUUGCAAAUGUGUAUGGGAUUUUUUGUGUUCCUAACCAUAAUAAGAAACACGUGUUGUUGUUUUCUUGCGUGGGGGUGUCGCUACUCAUGCUAGCCCAAAUAGUAGUACUUAUUGAGAACGUCAACGAAAAAUUUUGGAACUUUACCUCCUUAGUGGUUUUGCUACUUUUCAUUGUAGUUCACACUGUAGGUCUAGGGAACGUUCCUUUUAGUCUAAUUCCGCAGUUGUUCCCCAAAGAAGCGAAAAAAGUGGUUGGUCAGUUCUUCGUCGUACUCCACUCCCUGCUAGCCCUAGCCAUAACCAAAACCUUUCAAGUCAUGUUCGACCAAAUAGGUCUCUUGGCGCCUUUUUGCCUGUUCCUAGCGAUUAGCAGCCUGUCAAUCUUUUUUGUGAUCAUUUUCGUGCCAAAUAACCACAAGUCUACCAAAAUACAUAAAGACUUAAGUUAG